AUGUGUUACGUCAAGGAGGUGACAAUCACCCAUCGCAGCGGGCCAACCAGCAAAGAGUACGAGGUCGUCAGCCUCUGCGCACAUUCCGUCAACGGUCAGACUUGCGAGGACACCCAGUACGGCACGGGAACACGACGUGCUUCUCCCUCCGACUCUCAACCGGCGGCGCUUCCGUCCUCCUCGAGGAAUGACACGUUGGUUUUACAUCAGGAAAUCCUGCCGGUAAGAGAGAUACCUCGCAAGGAACGUCGAUACUCCAGUGACAUCGGCAUCAAGUUUAAAGGAUGGUUCAAGUCGCCGGAGUAUUACAUCAAGAGAUUGGAUAGCGGUAGCUCACGCCCAAGACGUGAUGAUUAUGAUCCACGGAGACCAGGAGAGAUGAUGCCAGAAGCCGCUAUGCCGCCUCCUGCCAUCUCGUAUCGACCAUCGUCGAACAGAAGGUCGCCUCCUCCAUCCAUACUUCCUAUGCACGGUGGAGGUCCGAAUCGUCCCACGCCUCCACCAUCCACACUUCCUGUCCUUGUCGGCCCGAGUCGUCCUACACCUCCUCAAGGUCCUGGUGCUGCUGCGGCUUUUACGACCAGAGAAACCGCUCCGUCGUCUUCGAGAACCCCAAGCAGAGCUUCAUCGUCCAGAAGCAGAGAUGUCAACAGGGCGGUUCAGGGGUUGCCACACUUGACCGUUCCUGUCACUUCCUCACCCGCCCCAAGCCAUACUUCGCGUCGUACCACACCAGGUCUGAGUAGAAUAAGUUUCGCUCCCGACACCAGGUUCCGCGAUUCGGCCUAUGGUUCCAGCAACAUCUCUCCCAUCAGUGCACCGAAAGCAGAGAGUGUAUCCUCUGAGACGCAUAGCACCACUACAUCAGUACACAGUGCGAACGACAGAUACAACUACACGAACAACCACGUCGCCGUACGCAGAGGAAAGGAGGUCUACAGAGAUGAAGAUGAGGUAUCGAAUUCGUCAGAAGGUCGAUACAAGAGGACAUGA